CAAGCUUGGGCAACAGAUGAUGUAGCUCAGAUUUACGAUAAGUGCAUUACAGAACUGGAGCAGCACCUACAUGCCAUCCCACCGACUUUGGCCAUGAACCCUCAAGCUCAGGCUCUUCGAAGUCUCUUGGAGGUUGUUGUAUUAUCUCGAAACUCUCGGGAUGCCAUAGCUGCUCUUGGAUUGCUCCAGAAGGCUGUAGAGGGCUUAUUAGAUGCUACAAGUGGUGCUGAUGCUGACUUACUGCUGCGAUACAGGGAGUGCCACCUCUUGGUCCUAAAAGCUUUGCAGGAUGGCCGGGCAUAUGGGUCUCCAUGGUGCAACAAACAGAUUACAAGGUGCCUAAUUGAAUGUCGGGAUGAAUAUAAAUAUAACGUGGAGGCUGUGGAGUUGCUGAUUCGCAAUCAUUUGGUUAAUAUGCAGCAGUACGAUCUUCACCUGGCUCAGUCAAUGGAGAAUGGUUUAAACUACAUGGCUGUGGCAUUUGCUAUGCAAUUGGUAAAAAUCCUGCUGGUGGAUGAAAGAAGUGUUGCCCAUGUUACUGAGGCAGAUCUGUUCCACACCAUUGAAACCCUCAUGAGGAUUAAUGCUCAUUCCAGAGGCAACGCUCCAGAAGG